AUGUGGAAGAACUGGUUGAUCCGCAAACGGCACACGGUUCUCAUGGUUGCCGAGAUCGCCGUGGUGCUGGCCCUGUUUGGCGCUCUGGUGGCCCUGCAAAACCAGCUCACCAUGUUUUCGCAGGCCAGUCAGGGAGACCCGAAUGCUGCCACGACGUUUCCGCCCGUGAGCACUGAUGAAUGGGUUGACAGGCUCCGGUUCGUCUUGAUGAUGCAAGGCCGGAAAGUUUACUUUGCGCCCAACUCCACUAAGCAUUUCAAAGAAGUGCUGCGGAGUGUACGAAGUUUGGUCAAUCCUGCUCACGCUCAACUUGUGAUGAGAAGAUCUGAAGACGAGGCCAUGAAAGACAUGAGGGCAGCGAAGCUACUUGGCGAACCAAAUGAAGGUCUGGCUUGUGUCAUUUUCCGCCAGAUUGACAGACGAUCCGUCGUUUAUGACUUGCGAUUUUCUGACAUGCAUCCAUACAUGCCGGCGAUUCUGUACGAAAUCGGGGGAUCAGACAAUGCUCAAUCGGAAUAUCAUGAAAUGGCGAUGAAUAUGGUGAUUCCUCUUCAACACACGGUUGAUGCAGGAAUCGUGAAAUGGGCAAAAUCUCCCUCCGACAUGAAAUCGCCGCGAAAUUCUUCGUCGAGAAUCAGAAGGGAAAAUCCUUUCCUCAUCCCGGUUAAAUUUCAGAAAUUUCCGAUUCCUAAAGCUGCGAAAAAGCAGCCACCAGAUUUAUCGAUUCUACUGGGACUGUUGCUUCCUCUAGCGACAUUGUUUUGUUUCAUGUUUUUGAUUCCAAUCAUGCACUUGGGAAUUGUGAAAGAACGGGAGUCCGGAGUUAAGGAAUUGAUGAAGUUAAUGGGCCUCAGCAGUCUGAUGUACUGGUCGAGUUGGUACUUCAGUUGUCUCUUGGUCAUGAUCAUUCCUCUGUUGCUGAUGUCAUUCAUGGUACUGACUUCAUUUCCGAUAAUGGGAUCCAUGUUGAACGCCAGCGAUCCAACUGCAGCCUUUUUCUUCUUCUUUGUGUAUACUGCAGCUUUCAUUUCCUUCACCUUCUUGUCAACCCUGGCUUUUGAUCAAGUGUUGAAAACGAUUCCCUUGGGGCUGAUUCUCGCUAUGGCUAGUUGCAUGAUCCCAAUGCUUGCGUUCGAACUUUGGAAUCCGAGCAGCAACAAAGCAGGACCAAAUGGUUCCCUGGCCCUGUGUUUGUUGCCAAAUGUCGCCAUGGUCUUCGGGUAUCGAAUUGUGCAUUCUUUGGAAGCCAGAGGCAAGCUGCUUUUUCUUUCUAGGACUGGACUGCAAUGGAAAGAUUUCCAUCGGAUAGCGGAUGUGAAAGGCAAAUUGAGCAUGUCCAAAGUGAUCGCCAUGCUUUUUUUCGAUGCAUUUCUGUAUUUUGCUCUGACCCUUUACAUCGAUGCUGUUAGGCCGACGAAAUAUGGCAAAUCCUUUUGGUCCAAGUUUCGACGAGCAUCAGACAAGUCUUCGACGAUACCGGAAGUGACGAGAACAGCAGCAGGCCAAGAUUCACUGCCGACAGACGACCCGGAACAAGACAUUACACGGCCCCGUCGGGCGACGGCGAGUUUCGAACCCGAACCCACGCAUUUGCCGAAAAGCGUGGAAAUUCUGAACUUGCGGAAAGAGUAUCGAGGCCCGUUUGGGAAACGGAUUCGACUCGCAGUCGACAACGUGUCUCUGAAUGUGUUCCAGGGACAAAUCACGGUCUUGCUUGGACACAAUGGAGCAGGGAAAUCCACGACCAUGUCCAUUAUCACAGGACAAAAACGGAAGCUGUCUCUAGCCAUGGCUCUCAUUGGAGGAAGCAAGAUCGUCGUUUUGGACGAACCAACGUCUGGAAUGGACCCCGAGGCGAGAAGACACAUGUGGGACUACCUUCUGGAAGAAAAGGAUAGAAGGACCAUAUUUUUGACCACGCAUUUCAUGGAAGAAGCGGACAUUUUGGGCGACAGGAUUGCAAUUAUGGCGAAUGGGAAAAUAAUGUGCGUCGGAAGCCCGCUGUUUCUCAAGCACAAGUAUGCAUCGGGCUUGUUGCUGGUAAUACUGAAGCAGCCGCAAGCGCCAAAAGACGACAUUUACGACACCAUAAAGACGAUUCUGCCCGGUGCAGUGAUGGCCCCAAUCCGUAAUCCCAGUGAACUGAACUUUUUGCUGCCACUGGAGAGAAGAAAUACAUUCCCCGAGUUGCUGGGCAUCAUUGAGUCCAACAAGGAAAGACUGGGCAUCAUUAGCUUCUCCAUAUCAACAGCAUCCAUGGAACAGGUUUUCCUCAAUGUCGGAGAGGAAGCAGAGAUGGCGAAUCCGAGUACAAACAUCAGCAUUCUUUCCGGAACCACUUCUCGUGGUUCCGAUUUGAUCAAUCCUGGUCGCGAUGAUGAGCAAGCUAUAGAAAUCGCUGCAGAGACUCGGAAAACGUACCAUCACGGGAAAAAAUUAGAAUCGGACUACACACGCGCCAUGAUCAUCAAAAAGUUCAUUUAUCUCAGACGGCAAUGGCCCCUGUUCAUCAGUCAACUCCUGUUGCCGUUGCUGUUGUGCUUGACAUCCCUGAUUCUCGACGCGUCAUUGAGCGACGAAAGCGGUCCAACUCCGGAACCGGCAACAGUGUCACCAGACAUGUACUACCCGGUCCAAGCCCUCGUCAAACGACCCCCGGGGGCCAUGUUUCCCAACAUCAGCUCGCCCCGAAAGAAAAUCGGUUCCGAUUUCGAGUCGGUCCUGAUUUCCGCCGGCGGCAUUGUGUCUCCAGUGCCCAGUGAGCAAACCAUGGAAGAAGCCAUUGAGGCGAGCGCGGAAAAGGACCUUCCGAAAUUUAGAACCGAGGUCAUUAUGGCCGCCGACUUCACGACGACCGCCCUCGUGGGAAUGUUUUCGGCGUUUGCUCAUCACGCGGCGUCCAUCGUGGUUAAUUUGAUGGACAACGCCCUGUCCAAGGUCGGCGGCAUGAUGACGACGAAUUUGAUCCUCUGGAUGGAAAACUCCACUUUCGUUUCUGGACCGCAAAAAACGCCGGGAAUGUCGCCGGAAAAACCGGGGAAUAUGAGCAGCAAACCGCUCAACAAACGUUCAAUUUUCUCAGCUGUCUCAAGAUUGGCGUAUGAUUUAGACGAUGAUGUAGAUAAAACCGAUCUGGACCGGGUUCUGGAAGCUGCUUCUUGGCCCCUGCGACUCAUCCCGUCGUUUAGUUUCUGUUACGGAUUGCAAAUGUGGUCAGAGAUUUCCUACAUGAACAGUCGUUGCGAAUCGAUUCCCGAAAGGUGGAUCAAGGAAGUUUGCGACAAGCCUCCUGUGCCCCAGUUGGCCCAACUACAUGCCUGUUGUCCAAAAUGUGGCACAGGGGACUUUCCGCCGUGUGUUGAGAAAAUUUCUUAUUUCGCAUGGGAGCAUCCAAGUUUUGCUCAAGAACUUGUCAGCAUGAUCGUCGUGGGAGCAUUCUACGCUUUGCUCUUGUUUGUCGGCGAAUCGUCCAACAAGUACAAAAUAUUCCUCUCCAACAAGCUGCGACGAUCAAGAGCUGAAAAUGAUCCUGAAGGGAAACGUUUCUCGUCAGGAGAAUCCCUGGAUGCCGAUGUGGCGGCGGAAAAUGCAAGGGUUUUUUCCAUCGUCGAGAAAAGUUCGUUUGAGGAAAAUUCCUUGGUCGCCCACAAUUUGACCAAAGUUUUCUCGAAUUCCUUCAUGGCCGUCAACAACUUGAGCGUGGCUGUGAAAAAGGGAGAAUGUUUCGGUCUCCUCGGAGUAAACGGAGCCGGGAAAACGACAACGUUUCGAAUGCUAACAGCGGACGAAGAUAAAACCAGCGGGAAGGCGUUCAUGAACGGCUUCAGCUUGGAUUCAAAUCGACAAGAAUACUUGAAACAAUGCGGUUAUUGCCCACAAUUCGACGGACUUAUCGACCCGAUGACGUCAGAAGAAACUCUGAGAAUGUACGCCCAACUCCGCGGGAUUCCCAAGGAGGACAUUCAAGACGAAAUCGAUUCCCUCAUCCGAAUUUUUGAUUUGGGCAAAUAUCGCAAAAAACAAAGUGGGACUUACAGUGGAGGGAACAAGAGAAAAUUGAGUGCUGCCAUUGCAAUGGUGGGGAAACCUUCGUUCAUUUUUCUGGAUGAACCGACUUCUGGGGUCGAUCCAGUUUCCAGGAGGAAAAUCUGGGCAGCUGUUUCCAUGGCAACAAGCAGGGAACAAUCAUUGAUGCUCACCUCGCACAGCAUGGAGGAGUGUGAAGCACUGUGCGACCGAUUAGCCAUUAUGGUCAAUGGGAAGUUCCAAUGCAUCGGCAAUCCUCAGUAUUUGAAACAAAGAUUUUGCCAAGGCUACUCGGCGCAAAUCACACUCAACGCCGGUAUACAACAAGCGAACCCGGAGAACACAUCGGAGCUCCUCGCCCUCAUCAAAGAACAUCUACCUUCCAUGCAAAUUCGGGACCAACAUUUGGGGACCAUUGAAUUCGUGAUCUUGGAUCCGGCCACGACGUGGAAAGACAUCUUCGCUACACUCGAGGAGUGCCACGACAAAUGGCCGAAUCUCGUUGACGAUUAUUCGAUCGGGGAAACGACACUGGAGCAAAUUUUCCUGUCGUUCGCUCGCAACCAGCGACCUCUCACGGCCAAGCCGAAAAAACCCUGUGUCUGCAAUUGCUGCAAAUCAGAGCGCAAGAAAUCACAUGGACUCGAUUCUUCUCUUCCGGAUAAUUCUUGAGAUUUGCUUGCAAACGUUUGAUCGCAGCUUCAGUAUUUUCUUUAAAGGUGUCGCGUCUCUCGUUUCGAAAUUAAGAGAUGAAUAAACUGUUCGCCACGGUUGUACUGGCGUGAGUGAGGUCGAAAACAAAUUAAGAA